CUUUGAAAUCGCGACAUGAAGGUACCCCUCUAUAUAGAACGGGCGGCACGACCCCACUAUGAACGUUUAGCAUUGACACCCAACAAUCCACUUUUCGCACCGAGAUAAUCGAACAAAAUAACCGUCAAAAUGCCUGCCGUAGAGUCCAAGUUCAAUCCCAAGGACAUGGAGUUUCGUCGCCUCGGACCUGCCGGUCUUAAGGUCUCAGUCUUCUCGCUUGGUGGAUGGUUGACCUAUGGAGGAACCCAGAAGGGAAGCAUCGUCAAAGAGUGCAUGGAAGCUGCCUGGAGCUAUGGCAUCAACUUCUUCGACACCGCUGAGGUCUACGCAAAGGGCGAGUGCGAGGUGGAGAUGGGCAAUGCCUUCAAGGAGCUGAACUGGCCGCGUGACGAAUAUGUGCUAUCCACAAAGGUCUUUUUCGGAACAGGACGAACGGAGCCCAACACUCGGGGACUGAGCAAGAAGCACAUUGUCGAAGGCUUGAAGAGCUCGCUCAAGCGUCUCCAGCACGACUACGUUGAUGUAGUGUUCGCGCAUCGUUAUGAUCCCGAUGUGCCCAUGAAGGAGAUCGUCGAAGCGUUCACACAAACCAUCCGCGACCUCAACCUCGCAUACUACUGGGGUACCUCCGAGUGGCCCGCCGAGAAAAUCCAAGAAGCCGUUGACAUCGCCGAGAAAUACAACCUCAUCGCGCCCAUCGUCGAGCAGCCGCAGUACAAUGCCUUCCACCGCGAGCGAUUCGAAAAGGAGUAUGCGCCGCUCUUCAAGAGCUACCAGAUGGGUACCACCAUCUGGUCUCCGUUGGACUCUGGUAUCCUCACCGGAAAGUACGACAAGGGCAUCCCAGAGGACUCGCGCUUCGCCACAAACUCCGACUUCUUCAAGGGCACAAUCGAGAAGCUGAAGUCUGAGGAGGGCCAGGCUAAGCUUGAGAAGGUCAGGAAGCUGGGAAAGAUUGCCGAGAAACUUGGUGGCAACACAACUCAGCUCGCUCUGGCCUGGGCUGCGAAGAACCCUAACGUCAGCACCGUCAUCCUCGGUGCGUCGAAGGUCGAGCAGAUUCACGACAACUUGAAGGCGCUGCCUCUGUUGGCCAAGCUCACCGACGACGUAUACCAAGAGAUUGAGGACAUCCUCCAGAACAAGCCCAAGGCGUGAUCAUGUGAGCAUGUUUGUGUAACACACCAGAAGCCGCGUAAGAAGGCGGUGAUCCACACUGCCCCGAAGCGAGCACA